GUUGUGUCCCACGUAGGGCACGGGGGGGUGAACCAGCUCGGCGGGGUGUUUGUGAACGGCAGACCCCUCCCGGACGUGGUGAGGCAGCGGAUAGUGGAGCUCGCCCACCAGGGCGUCCGGCCCUGCGACAUCUCCAGACAGCUGCGGGUCAGCCACGGCUGCGUCAGCAAGAUCCUGGGCAGGUGGGUGAACACUCUCCGGACAAGCCCUGCAGCCAGAUACUACGAGACUGGCAGCAUCAAACCAGGGGUGAUUGGUGGGUCUAAACCUAAAGUGGCCACCCCAAAGGUGGUGGACAAGAUCGCAGACUACAAGAGACAAAACCCGACCAUGUUUGCUUGGGAGAUCAGAGACAGACUUCUGGCGGAAGGCGUCUGCGACAACGACACGGUUCCCAGCGUCUCAUCCAUUAACAGGAUCAUCCGAACAAAAGUCCAGCAGCCUUUCCAUCCAUCUCCUGACGGAUCCUCCCUGUCGACGCCGGGCCAUACAAUAGUACCAAGCACAACCUCUCCGCCAGUAACCAGCGCCUCCAACGACCCUGCAGGAUCCUACUCCAUCAAUGGGAUUCUGGGUAUUCCACGAUCCAAUGGUGAAAAGAGGAAAAGAGAUGAAGAUGGUUCAGAUGGUUCUGGCCCAAACAGUGAUUCUCAGGGUAGUGUGGAGAGUUUACGGAAACACCUUAGGGCAGAUGCCUUCACCCAGCAGCAGCUGGAAGCGCUGGACCGGGUCUUUGAACGUCCCUCGUACCCUGACGUCUUCCCCACAUCGGAGCACAUCAAACCCGAACAGGCUAAUGAGUACUCGCUCCCUGCCCUGAAUUCCAGCCUGGACGAAGUGAAGCCCAGUUUAUCCUCCAACGUCAACCCGGACCUGGGCCCCAGCGUGUCGCAAAGCUACCCCGUAGGGCGGGAUAUGGCCAACACAACUUUACCUGGAUACCCCCCUCACGUUCCCCCAACAGGUCAAGGCAGCUACCCGACCUCAACGCUCGCUGGAAUGGUUCCUGGGAGUGAGUUUUCGGGGAACCCCUACAGUCACCCACAGUACACAACCUACAAUGACGCCUGGCGGUUCAGCAACCCAGCGUUACUAAGUUCCCCAUAUUAUUACAGCGCGGCAUCGAGAGGCUCCGCCCCUCCCACUGCUGCCACUGCCUAUGACCGUCACUAGUCACCAUGGAAACCAAAUCAACCUGCAGGACCAUGGCCUUGGCCUCCAUAUUGCCCCGGUGUGAGCGGCAUGGUCCACUGGACACUGAGCAACUGCGCAUAAAAUGUUCCCAGCUCAAACAAUGAGAAACGUUUUUUUUUAGUGGCGGGCUCCAGACGACUUCUCUCCUCACAGCUUUUUUUGGACUCUCAAAGCCAAGAGAUUUUAAAUUAAAAUAAAAAUAAAAAAACUACAAGAAGAGCAUCAGAGACACUCAAAGUCACAACACCCACACACACACAGCAUCGCACUGCUAAUGACAGUGAAAAAAGGAAAAAGAAAAAGACUAAUAACAAAAAUAACAGUUUAUUUCCCCCCUGUGACAGUGUCCCAUUCUCACCCCAUCACGGAUCAAUACUGUACAUUCCUUUUUUUUGAGGGCUCUCAGCAGGGAUGCUGUCCGGGGCUUAAAAUGUAGCAGCAGCCUUUGCCCCCCCAAACCCCCCUUUCCCCAAGUUUCCAUUCGUCUCCCACUCCGAUUGAGAUGGCGGCGCAGUGAGAUGGGAGGAGAUCAGCAGCACGCAGGCUGCUUUAGGCAAACGCUGUUCCAUCAUCCACCUGAACAGUCGACCACGUCCAGCAUGAGUAAAGCGAUCGCUUUUGAUGCCAUGAGAAGAUUAGGACAUGUUCUCUGUGAUACACAAUCAAGAUGUAAAAAUGAAAAUGAAAUAAAUAAAGGAACAUCCAUUUGAAAAAAGAGGGAGCCAUGAAAAUAUAUCACGAUGGUCUGCAAUUUGCAAGAUUUCAAGAAACUAGUGAAUAUAUUCUUAAAAUGAUUUUUUUAUUUCGUUUUUAUAAUUGGUAACAACUGAACUGCAGACUGCUUGGCUAGUGUUUUGCUGUUUCUAGACAAGAGGUCAUCAGGCAAACCCUUUUUUGUGUUGUUUUUUUGUUGAUUUUGCACUAUGUUGGAGGUUUGCGACACUGGAGCGUUAAUUAUGCAGAAAAAAAUGAUGAUGCAUAUUUGCUGUAUUUCAUUGACUGACCGUAAGUCUAUUAAGUCCCAGUCUAUAAAGGCACUUACAGUUUCCAGAUUUUUCCUGUAGUUCAAGACCCAUCAUGUCACUGCCUUGACGUGCACUACCAUAUUCUCACAGCUUUCUUUUUUAUUUAAGUCUUUGGCAUUCAACCACAGAAAAGGAUAUAACAGCCAUUGCAAGUCAACCCAGUAUCGCUUGUCAACCUUCCCAGAAGCAUCUGAUUCUGACAGCUCCCAAUAACAUCAGAAGCAGGGCGUCGAUUUCAGCUAAAUGCCUUAAACACGUUUCCCCCCCCGAACGUCAGAUCCUUCACAUGUUUCAGGGCAAGUUGUUUCUCUGAAUCCAGCUGGAAAGAUGGUUUCUUCAUCUGUCAAGUGAAUGUAUUUGCAUUUGCCAAAGACUUAGUUCUUGUUCAUGUUUCUUUACAGGCCGCCGAUAUGCAUCAUGAGUGCAGUAUUAUUAUUAUUAUUAGGAAAAACCCACGUUGCUCAUGAGGAAAAGUAUAUGUAUAAAUUCUAUGCAGUGCAGAGAUGGUCAUCAUAUGCAUAUUCAGCUGUAUACCUAAAGGUAGGUGGAGUUUAUUUAAUUGUUAUGUUAUUUACAAAUUGCAAAUUCAUUUUGUAGGAUUUUUUGUGUGUGAUGUGAAGACACUUCGCUGUAAAUACAGUAAGAAAAAAUGUCUUUCAUUUCAUGGGUAUUAUCACUUUCAUUAUGCUGGUCUCACUUGUACAAUAAUAAAAGUGUCUGAAAUC